AUGACAGACUUCGAUGCUGCAAAUCUACAGAGGGGAAUAAUCCAAGAGUUCGGCACGAAGGUGCAAGGUCAAGAUGAUGUCCUUCAAGAAUGCGUCUCCCUAUGUCAGCUCUUCCGCAUGCCACCGAACGAACUGUACAUCUCCUGGGAAGCAUUUGACGAUUCCUCCCUAAAGCUAUCCUCUUCCACCUCCUCAGCACGGCAGAAAGCGACGAGCGAGGUGAGCGUGCCCCUCCUACGGGAGUUGAAGGAAUGGAUCCAUGGGAAACGCGAGAGGGAGAGGGAGGCAGUGGGGAAACCUAGAGUGGGGAUGCCGACGGCGAGGAGGAGCUUGGGGGGGUUGAUGGGGCGCACGGGGUUGGGACAGACUCCGGGUAGGCAGGAGAGACCGAGGGAGGCGGUCGCUGUCCGGCCUAGAGUUGAAGUGAAGGAUGUUGGGGAGGGAAAACGAAACUAUCGAUACAUGUACGGGAAGCUGUCUCAGAAAGCUGAAAUUCUUGACGAUAUCAUCGACGACAUCUCCGAGCUCGUCCGGGCGCAUUAUGACCUCGAAGACCUAGGUGACCCUGCCUCUGCGACGGACGAAGAUGUCGUCGUCGUCGGUCGUAUAUGUUCCGACGCAGAUACGGGUGCGAAGCUCACAGAGUCUUCCCUUCUGCUGGAGUCAUCCCGGAUGGGCGGCUCGGGCGUGCGGACACCGCUGAAGUUUGAACAUGGGUUCUCUGUUAGAGGGAAGAACGAUAACGGGUUUGGCCUUUUUCCGGGACAGAUCGUUGCUCUUAAAGGAAAGAACGGAGGUGGUGGAUGGUUCUCCGCAUCUGAGGCGCUGGAGAUUCCCCUCCUCCCAGAACCGCCGCUCCCACCUACCUCAUCCUCCACCACCUCUUUCAACAUGGUGAUCGCUUGUGGGCCUUUUACGCCAGACGGUGACCUCCUUUACCGCCCUUUCGAGCAGCUCCUGUCCGAAGUGUCUCGCUCUAAACCUGGCGUACUCCUUCUCCUUGGUCCAUUCAUCGACUCGAACCACUCCUUGAUCCGGAAGGGUGACGUGGACCAUACGCCGCUCCAGAUCUUCCGCCAUAAAGUUGCAGGCCCGCUGAGACGUUGCAUGGAAUCUAAUCCGGGGAUGAGCUUGGUGGUCGUGCCUAGUGUGAGGGAUCUCAUCAGUUUCCACUCUGCGUUUCCGCAGGCAGCACUCAGCGAUGCAGAAGAGCUUGGCCUUCCUAAGGCCACAAUCUGCCUCUCGAACCCAUGCACCGCGCUCAUGAAUGGAGUCACUAUCGCUGCCAGCAGUGUGGAUGUGCUAUUCCACUUGAGAAAGGAGGAAUUUGUCAAACGCAUCGAAGGCUCGACAACGCCCCUUGACCCGAUGGCUUCUCUUGCGGGACAUGUGCUGUCCCAGAAAAGCUUUUACCCUAUUUUCCCACCGACAAAAGAUGUCUCGUCCGACGUCAAUCUUGAUGUUUUGUGUUACGAGUUCCUCCGCAUAGGCCCCACCGCUCCCGCCGUUCUCGUCCUUCCCAGCAUGCUCAAGCAGUUUCAUAAGGUAGUGAAUGACACGCUCGUCAUUAACCCUUCUUUCCUCAGUCGAGGCAGCUACGCCUGGCUUGAAUGCCCAGACGCGACGUUUGCGCAGGAGAUGGGUGGAAAGAGUGCAUGGGAGGUGUAUUGGAAGAAUGCGACGAUUGACCUGAGGCGGUUGCCAACUCAGUGA